AAAUGGCGAGCAAUGUUGUGGYCAAAACYUACUAAGUAGGGAGCCCUAAGGCUAUCUAAAUUUACGGUCAGAAUUUUUAAAACUAAUGCGAAAAACUUAAUUCUAAACAUUUGUUGAUAUUAAACCAAGGCUAGCUUGUKUGAAAGUUGUUUUUGAAUUUCAUUCGAGURAAAGUUUUCUUUUAAAAAUGCGAGAAUAUUAUUUAUUACUAGCCCUCCCCUCCCUAAAUAAAAAGAAUAGUUGCCAUAGGAACAGCAUGUAAUCAACACGUGUUGCAUUGUGGUCGUUUAGUCGGUGUUUCGAGACACUCACUCAAAUUCGUAUCCAUUCAAGGAGCAUUUUCUGUUCAGUUUUAUGCUCAAAAUGUCCCGAAGAAAGAAACAAGGUAACGGUCGAAUCUCCGUGCACACUCCAGAAAUGAUUGAUGAUAUUUUACGAGAAGGCGAGCAAGAAACGAUAAAGGACAGUGGGAGACAUCACAGAAGAUCAGCUUCGGCAGUUGAAAGAUCCAGAUCGCCAGAAUAUUCGCUGAAUAAACCGUCCACUUCAGAGCAAACGUUUAGAAUUCAAAACUGGUUGAAUGAGAAAUCAGUACGAAAUAUUCAGGAAAGGACAGACUUUGAAUCCAGAGCAACCAAGAAUAUGUACACUACUCUAUUGGAAAAUGAGGGGUCUUUUGUUACAGAUGUUGACAGGUACCUUGACCACAAGUCAUUGUUGGAUAGAAGAAAAAAGCAUUUGCUACACAAAAAGUGGAGUGAAAGGGUGUUUACGCCAAUCAAGGACCAAAUUGACAAAGAAAUGAAUAGCCAAAAUUAUAAAAAUCUUGAGAAAAGAAAAAGAAAUUUGUACAAUAAUUAUCUUGACUACAGUAACAAAAAGGGUGUUGUAUUUCUUGAUGUGAUUUCUCCAGAGGAAUACGAUCCACUCGAACUCAACGCUAACAGACCAGCGCCACUAAAGGCUGUCACUCGUGAACUAGACGACUGUUUGAUUUCCCAAAGAAAAAACAAAAUCAACGAGGAUAGAGCUGAAAUUCGCUGCAUCACAGGCGAAGUCCUCAAAGACAAGGACAUYGAGAACUUAUGGCUUCCUCAGGAACCUUUAGUACCCCUUGGUCGACAAGGAACAGAGUGUAAAACAUGGCUGAGAAUGGAGCUUCAUGGAAUUGAUAGUGUUGUACGAAAACGCAGUGGWGAAAGAAUGCUUGGUAUUUGUAACGACAAUCAAAUGAGCUUCCAUGACAUGGUUUCCACCAAGACCAGUAGAGAAAUUGUUGAUAAAGAGCUUCAAGCACAAAAGAAAAGACAAUUCCCUCAAAAACAUGUGUCUCGUAUCGACUUCGAAUGGCCAAAUGAACUACCGACUUUAUCGACCCAAUACCGUCCUCGACUGACUAGUAUCUUGCCAAUGGGGUGUAGCUUUGACUACUGUCCUGAACAAAUGCCUCUUAGUGCAAGCUACUGACCUGAGGUCGAUCUUUCUAAUAAACAUGGAUAAAGAACAAAAAUAUUUUUUCACUCGAAUAUUUAGUUAAUUAUCUUUUUUUCCCCUUUUCUUUUAUUCCACAAUCUCUUCGUUACAACACUGUUUGAAUAUAUUUGCAAUAUAACUUAGACCUCAUGGGUUUCGAGGCUUCAAUUCGCCUUUAUCUUACAGUUAUGCAYGCAAGAUUGCUCGUUCUUAAUUUUCCAUUGAACUUUCUCYCAAAUMUCACAUUCUAAUUAAACUGCUGCCUUCGUGCAAUACUGGUAAAAAUAUCGAAACUACUUUUUACAAUUUUUAUUGUCAAAAAAUGUCAGGUACUAUUUACUGCUAUAGAAUCAARUGGAAGAAAUUCCUUGUCCGGUUCCAUUACGCUAGAUUAUUAGAUUAUAUAGAUAUAAAUUUAUACUAUUUUAGCCACAAGUCGUCACGAGACCGGGACAUAACUAAGAAAAACAGCAGGUUGCGUACUGUAAUAGUUUAACCACUGCUACGCCGCGCGGUAUAAAAUACAGACUUUACUAGAAUAUUACUAAUUAUAUUUUCAAAGCAAUAUACUAUUGCGCAACACUAAAAAUAUAUUUCAAACAAUUUUUAUAAUUUUACUGUCAAUAUUUGUAAUAUAACUUUGAAAACUAUUUCAAUAAACUAAA